AUGUGUUCCUUAAGCUCAGCAGGAUUUUAUUCAGUAUCUCCCUCAAAUAAAUGUAGAAAAUUUGCACGUCAGCUGAAAUUCCUGUUAAUUCUGGAGUUUGUAACAUUGUUAGUUUUAUUUAUAUUGGUACCCACAGGUGGAACUGUAUGGGUCCUGCUCCAAGUCUUCUCUAUUAUAUUAGCAUAUAUAGCUAUUAAAGAUUCAAACGCUUAUAGACCACCAAUAUUGCAAAUCUACAUAUUUAUUACAGCUCUAGGCACUUUAUUUUGUGCUGUAUAUUUUGCAGUUUCUGUAUCUAUAGUUAAAUCAGCUAUAAGUAUAGCAGCAUGCAGUUUAUUUGCUGUAAAUGUUAUAGUAUUAGCAUUUUGUACUAGAGUAUCAUGGUUAUUAUUUAAAGAAUUAAUGUUAUGCUCACCUUUGUUAACAGGUACAACUGGACCCUAUAUAUUUGGAUCUGGAAUAUCUGGGCGUGUAAAUAAUGAAGCAUCUGUUGAAAUGUCUGGAACCGACAGGCAUACUAAUAACAAUGAAGUUUCUAGAGGUUUUGUGCCAUUUGGAGGCGAAGGGUUUAGAUUAUCAAGUAAUAGAGGUACUGUAUCAAAUACAGAUGGUCCUAUUACACUUGGAUCAAAUAAUAAUAAUAAAGAAGGAUCAACUAAUAUGAUUGCAUCUGCUGUAUAG